GGCCGCGCAGGCGCAGGAGGGGGCGGAGCAGCGGGAGCCGGGGAGCCGGAGCCCCGCGUCCAAGCGACCGGAGCCGGCUACCCCAGCGGCGGCCCGAGGACCCGGCGUCGGCCUCCUCCCGCCCCCCGCGGCUGGAGAGUAGACGCAGUUGGGGGUGGGGUGGGGGCGGCGUCCGGUAUCCCGAGGACGGAAGGCAGAGGCCCUCCCCAUCCGGAUUGUUGGAGGGGAGAGAGUCCCCCAGUUUGGGGAGGGGGAGAGCCAGGUGUUGAGCGUCCCCAGCAGCGGCCGCUACCCUGAGCAGACUGGCGUUAGCCGGCUCUCCCCCUCCUGCCAGGACGACUACAGCGACCAAGGCCAGGGACCCCUCUUCUUCAGCCUCUGCACCUCCACCCCCCUCCGCACCCCCGGCUCUGAGGCUGGCCCAGAGAGCAGUGCUCCCCAUCCCCCUCUGCCCUGGAGAGGAAAGGCUGUCCUUCCACACCCCUGAGUGAGGGACCCAGGUUGCCUGUGCCCCGCAAAGGCAAGGGUCCCUCUAUUCAGGGGGGGGAGGGCCUGGCCAGCCAUAACUUCUUUCCCCCUGAGCUCCCCAUCUCUGUCUCUGCACCCUACAACUCCCACCCCUCCGUAUUUAUUUCACUGGCCCGCUGCCAGCCCCUCCAUCUCUGUCUCCGGGAUUCAGGCCUCCCUCCCUGACAUGGAGAGUAACCUGUCUGGCCUGGUGCCUGCUGCUGGGCUGGUGCCUGCGCUGCCGCCCGCCGUGACCCUGGGGCUGACUGCGGCCUACACCACUCUGUACGCCCUGCUCUUCUUCUCCGUCUAUGCCCAGCUCUGGCUGGUGCUCCUGUAUGGGCACAAGCGUCUCAGCUAUCAGACGGUGUUCCUGGCACUCUGUCUGCUCUGGGCUGCCUUGCGUACCACCCUUUUCUCCUUCUACUUUCGAGAUACACCCCGAGCCAACCGUCUGGGGCCACUGCCCUUCUGGCUUCUCUACUGCUGUCCUGUCUGCCUCCAGUUCUUCACACUGACGCUUAUGAACCUCUACUUUGCCCAGGUGGUGUUCAAGGCCAAGGCAAAGCGUCGGCCAGAGAUGAGCCGAGGCUUGCUGGCUGUCCGAGGGGCCUUCGUGGGGGCCUCGCUGCUCUUUCUGCUGGUGAAUGUGCUGUGUGCAGUGCUGUCCCGCCGCCGCCGGGCUCAGCCCUGGGCCCUCCUGCUGGUGCGUGUCCUGGUGAGCGACUCCCUGUUUGUUAUCUGCGCACUCUCUCUUGCCGCCUGCCUCUGCCUUGUCGCCCGGCGGGCUCCCUCCACCAGCAUCUACCUGGAGGCCAAGGGGACCAGUGUGUGCCAGGCAGCUGCGAUGGGUGGUGCCAUGGUUCUGCUUUAUGCCAGCCGGGCCUGCUACAACCUGGCAGCCCUGGCCUUGGCCCCCCGGAGCCGGCUGGACGCCUUCGAUUAUGACUGGUACAACGUCUCUGAUCAGGCGGACCUGGUGAACGACCUGGGGAACAAAGGCUACCUGGUGUUUGGCCUCAUCCUCUUUGUGUGGGAGCUGCUGCCCACCACCCUGCUGGUGGGCUUCUUCCGGGUGCACCGGCCCCCACAGGACCUGAGCACCAGCCGCAUCCUCAACGGGCAGGUCUUUGGCUCCCGUUCCUACUUCUUCGACCGGGCACACUGCGAGGAUGAGGGCUGCUCUUGGGAGCACAGCCGGGGUGAGAGCACCAGCAUGUCAGGCAGCCUAGGCUCCAGCAGCUGGUACGGUGCCAUCGGGCGGGAGCCAGGCUGGUGCGGGGGCAGCCAGACGCGGACCACUCCUCUGCUCUUCUCCCAGGUUUUGGGACCAGGCAGCCACCAUCACAGUCUCUACUCUACCCCACAGACGUGAUCCCCCUUCAUCUCCCCCCAGAACCCCCAGACCCCAGUCCCUCCCACCCCAGACCCCUGUGCCAAGUUCAUCUGCCGCUUCUUGCCCGGGAUCCCGGGGGCUGUGGCUGCCUCUUUCCCAGGCCGGCUCCUUGCUACUCCUGUUGUAGUGAGCUUGUGCUGUCCCCUAGGAUGGGGGGCAUGGCCCUGGCUGCCAGAUGCUCAUAGCACCCUGGCGUGAUCUGCCACCUCUGCUUCUACACCAGAGCCAGCUACCUCUCCUGCGCCUGCCACUCAAUAAACAGUGUCUGUGCCCCGAGUC